ACGGACGCCUGCAUCCUGGCUCCUGCUCUCCAAGGAAUUGUGUAUCGAGUGAUGAGUUUUAUGAAUAGAUGAUUUAAAGUGAUUAGUGUAUCCCAAAAAAAUUUUUUAUUUUUGUAUUGUAAACAGUACAAAAACAUAUUUUUACAAUGUCUUUGGCCGAUGAAUUAUUGGCGGACUUGGAAGAGAAUGAUGAUAUGGACUCCGAGACUACUAUUGAAAACCAAACUGCAGAAACAAACCAUGAAUUUGCUGUGCCAUUUCCUGUAAUACCCAAAGAGGAAGAAAUUAAAAAUGUAUCCAUACGAGAGCUUGCAAAACUAAGGGAUUCUGAAAGAUUAAGAAUGGUUAUAACGGAAAUUGAGAGCAAUUCUGGUAACAAUAGGAAAAAGAUGGAAGUAACAGGUUUAAUGGAGUCUGAUCCAGAGUACCAAUUAAUUGUGGAAGCUAAUAAUGUUGCAGUUGAGAUAGAUGGAGAAAUAGCUAUUAUUCACAGAUUUGUCCGUGACAAAUACCAGAAACGUUUCCCUGAACUGGAUUCCCUUAUUGUCACACCACUUGAGUAUAUUCGGACAGUGAAGGAGUUGGGUAAUGAUCUUGAUAGAGCAAAGAGUAAUGAGACAUUGCAAAGUUUCCUGACACAAGCUACUAUUAUGAUUGUUUCUGUCACUGCAUCUACAACACAAGGGAAAGUAUUAUCUGAACAUGAAUUGAAUGAAAUUAACGAAGCAUGUGAUAUGGCAGCAGAAUUAAACAACUACAAGUUAAGGAUAUAUGAAUAUGUCGAGAGUCGGAUGACAUUCAUUGCUCCAAAUGUUACUGCUAUUGUUGGGGCAUCAACAGCUGCGAAAAUUCUCGGUCUGGCGGGAGGUCUGUCUAAAUUGGCUAAGAUGCCAGCAUGUAAUGUUUUGCCACUCGGCCAACAAAAGAAGACUUUAUCUGGUUUCUCGCAAGCGUCAGCCCUACCUCACACCGGUUUUGUAUAUUUUUCGCAGAUCGUACAAGAUACGCCUCCAGAGCUAAGGUUCAAGGCGGCAAAAUUGGUGUCGACAAAACUGAUCCUAGCAGCCCGGGUGGAUUCCUGUCACGAAAGUCCGGAAGGCGAGACAGGGAGACUCCUCCGUGAAAGCAUCGAGAAGAAAUUAGAUAAACUGCAGGAACCACCGCCGGUGAAGUUCGUGAAACCGCUCCCGAAACCGAUAGAGCAGAGCAGAAAGAAGCGCGGCGGCAAGCGGGUGAGGAAGAUGAAGGAGCGAUACGCGAUGACGGAGUUCCGAAAGAACGCGAACAGGCUGAACUUCGCCGACAUCGAAGACGAUGCCUACCAAGAAGACCUUGGCUACACGCGCGGUACAAUCGGCAAGUCGAGCACCGGCCGCGUCCGUCUACCGCAAAUAGACGAGAAGACCAAAGUGCGCAUCAGCAAGACGCUGCAGAAGAACUUGCAGAAGCAGCAGCAAUAUGGCGGCGCGACGAGUAUUAGACGACAGGUGUCCGGUACAGCGUCGUCGGUUGCCUUUACACCGCUGCAGGGUUUGGAGAUAGUAAACCCGCAAGCUGCGGAGACGAGAGUUAACGAAGCGAACGCGAAAUACUUCUCAAACACGUCUGGCUUUUUAUCAGUUGGCAAAAAGACUACUUAACGGUGAUAAUUGACGAAAUUUAAGUGACAAAAGACUUAUAUUUUUAAUGAUUUGAAAUAAAAUGCUAUAACAGU